GUCCGGUUUAACGGUCCGCGAAGUGAAAUUUCAGUCGUACCAUCCUUUGGAAAAAAUCCUUGCCUUGCCCCUUUCCUUCCCCUUCCGCAUCCUGCGUCUCUCUUUCAUUGAUUCUUUUUCCUUUCGUCUUUAUCUACACGACCAUGGGUAUCGCGACGUGGCUUGCUUUGCUUCUUACACACCCUACAGAGUUCCGGACGCUCUUACAGUUCAAGCUGUAUCACGAACACAAGAGAGAUAUCACCCAUGUGAAGGAGCAUGCAACGAGCGGAUGGGACAGAGAAAAUAUGCGCAAGUGUUGGCAUUUUCUGGAUCAGACAAGCAGAAGUUUUUCGGCGGUCAUCAAGGAACUUGAUGGUGACUUGGCGAGAACGAUAUGUAUGUUCUAUCUUGUACUGCGUGGUUUAGAUACUAUCGAGGACGACAUGACCAUCCCCGACGAUGUCAAACAACCCAUGUUGAGGUCGUUCCACAAGCAUACCAUUACCCCUGGCUGGAAAUAUGAUGGAUGUGGACCCAAGGAAAAGGAUCGGCAGUUGCUAGUCGAAUAUUACUGCGUUGUGGAGGAGGUUAAUUCGUUACUGCCAGCGUACAAGGCUGUUAUAGUCGAUAUCACCGAGAAGAUGGAGAACGGCAUGGCAGAUUACGCGCACAAGGCCGCCACAACGGGGGAAAUCUACCUCGGGACCACUGAGGAGUAUGAUCUCUAUUGCCAUUACGUCGCGGGUCUCGUGGGCGAAGGAUUGUCUCGUAUCUUUGCUGCUUCAGAGAAGGAGGCACCUUGGCUCGCGUCUCAGCUCGAGAUGUCAAAUUCUAUGGGUCUCCUUCUUCAAAAAACCAACAUCAUUCGUGACUAUCGCGAAGAUGUUGAGGAGAAACGGUUUUUCUGGCCCAAGGAGAUUUGGGGACAGUAUGGAUUCGAUGAGAUUCACGAGCUAUAUGCCCUGGAUCGAUCAACGAAAGAACGCGCGCAGUGGGCUCAGAGUGCCAUGAUUCUGGACGCGAUGCGGCACUUGGUCGAUGCGCUCGACUACCUUCGGGUGCUGAGAAAUCAGACCGUAUUCCACUUCUGCGCCAUUCCCGCUACUAUGGCCAUUGCGACUCUCGAGCUGUGCUUUAUGAACGCGGAAAUGUUCCAACGAAAUAUCAAGAUUCGUAAGGCGGAGGCUGCUUCUCUUAUCAUGCGGUCAACAAAUCCACGAGAAGUAGCAUAUAUAUUCCGGGAUUACUGUCGUAAGAUUCACACCAAGGCAGUUCCCCAAGAUCCCAAUUUCUUGAGGAUAGCCGUGGCAUGCGGAAAGAUUGAGCAGUGGUGUGAACAUCAUUAUCCUUCCUUCGUUCAAAUCAGCUAUUCUGGCGACGGGGCGUCUCAUCAACUGGAUCCCGAGGAUGCCAGGUCACGCAUUGUCCAGUUGGAGAGUAAGCUGGCGAAGGAGCUAUCUACGAAGAAGCGAGCGCAGGCACCCCAAGCACCGGAGGGGUUACCAUGGGAGCUCUUCAUGUAUUUGGGCGGUGCCGUCUUAGUGAUUAUUGGGUUGUCGGUGGGCGUGAUUUGGGCAGUACUAACGCUCUUCCCGGACUCGCGAUAAGUGCUACCCAUAUACCACUAACUUAUUUCUUGUGUAAUCGUACGACAUUAUCAUGCCUUGGACAAACCCCAGACAACGAGGUGUCAAAGAGCUUGAGAGGUCGGCAAGGUAUAAAUGGCUACAGAUAUAAAUGGCUAUUAGAUGAUUCAGUUCGGAGGCUCAUCAUUAUAUUUUGAAACGACAAACGGAGGACAGUGAUGCGCCACCAAUUAC